AUGCAGUUUGCGUGUGACGUUCUAUCGACGCAGCUUUACAAGCCUGUUCGCGCCGAAGCCAUGGUGGGGUUGUUUUGUAUCUCCUCGGUCAUCUCCAUUGUUCGAGGUGUAGCCACUGAGGUGUUUAAGCAAGCCUCGUUUUGCGAUCCGUACAAGUGUCAAAGUCACACCCAUUGGCCUUAUAUUGGGACACUCAACUGGUCUGUUGACAAGUGCCCGGUAGCCGUGUCAAAACCUUGGUCAGUGUUGCAAGAGCUCAACAUCUUGGAACUCGACUCCGCUGCCGCCGCCCACCCGGGCAACACAUGGAAUACCGAGACGCUCUUGGGCCAAAGCAAAGUAGCUGAUAAGGCCUUCAUCGUUAGCUCCAAGGUGAACGCUGACCGUCCUCUGCCGCACCUUGAUGAAGCGCGCAUCAGCACCAGCCACCAUCAUCGGCCAGACUUUGAACCUCCUCGGGGCUAA